AUGCGUAUAAUCAAACGUCGAUCCACAUCGGACUUAUCCCAAGAAGCACGAUCUUCCACUUCCCUACUCGUCACAUCCGGCAUACCAGUACCACCUGUUCCAGGUCCAUCAUAUUCCAGGACAGAUGAAACGAUACCUGCAAAGGGACAAAAGCUGAAAAAGAAGAGAGAUAGCGCAGAGAUGAAAUACCCUCCUACCUCUUUCGGUCAAUCAGGAGGAGGUUGGAGCUUCGGGAAAAUGAGAAGCCUCAAGGGAAAGUCAAGGAUGAACCAAAGUGCUGAAGUAUCAGAUUUCGAAGAUGAUGCAGCCAGCGUUAAUCAGGACCACUUAGUAGACGGGAUAGCUUCGAGGGAUAAUACAAUGUCGAAUGUUUCUCCGCCCUUCACCCCUCAGGUUCGCGUUUCCACUGUCCCUCCUACCACCCAUUCGGAGCGCAUCCCAGACCCUGCUUCCGCCUUCACACCGAUAGCUCCACAAGGCUUUCCUCAAACCGAUAUCUCACGUAUUCCAUUAUCCUCAUCUUCUUCUCACGUGCCAUACGCUCAACCGCAUCGACAUGUCGUUGAUUUUACCCCAGAAGCGCUGCAGACCUCAUCAGUGUUGGUUCCAGAGAUACCUCAAGGAGGAGAAUUUCUCGUUCCUCCUAGCUCUCGACCGCAGCUCAUCUCUGCUCCUUCCGCAACUUCAGCAACUCAAUCUUUCGAGAGCAGUGAUUCGUCUUACCCUCUCGUCACUCACGACCAUGAUGUGGGACCUCAUCCUCAUCCUCAUCCUCGCCCUGUGUUACCGCCUACGUCACCUAGAAAACUGACAAAAAGGCGACCGGUUUCUGCGAUAUAUGAUCAAGUCGAGUUACUGGAAAGACCAUCUUUCUCUCCAGAUCAAAGAUCAAAUUAUUCUCGACCUUUACCACUUCAUGAUCUUUCGACACAGACCACCAAUGUUCUCCCAACUUCCCAUUUACUCCUUGCAUCAAGUCUAUCUAGUCUUCCCUUGCCUGAAGGAGCAGCACCACCGCAAAAUCCCGCUGACUGGUCGUUGAAUCGCAAUCCCUCAUCAUCAACAAAUGCAUCAUCUGGAAUGACACCUUCCACCGAUGAGUCCGGUACUCUCGAAACACCCAACAACGCCUUAUUGAUAUCCAGUCGAGGAGAAUUGGGCUUAUGGGAUCAUAUACAAAAUCAUGGUCCGGCUCUAUCGAGAGCUUCGACUUUUUCAUACAGAGAAGGAGAUGAUGGAAGUAGGCCCAAAAGAGAAGGCUAUUUUGCGGAGAAGACACCUGUCAGAGAUAAAGUAUCAUUGAUCCGUGAUUCGCACACAGCCGAAUUGCCUCAUUCUGGCCAAACAUCCUCUGAUGGUGACAUAUCUCCGACAUUCUCCACGACUGUGUCGACUGUCACAUAUACGCCUACUGCUUCUUCGGGUAGCGAGACCACAACCAAGGUUCCGAGGAGUUUAAGGAUGUCAACGUCAAAUCUCGACAUACAAUCCAGUAGAUGUCAAUUUCAUGAGUUACCUGGAGAGCACAAUACAGUAUCCAAUCCAACGAGCAAGAAGCGUGUCGAUUUGCAUACUGAACCUCAUCUAGCUGAAUGCUCUGACUCUUCCACUCAUGUUCAGACUCCCGAUUGUCCUUCACGCUCCCGCCCACCCUUGGUACAUCUUCGCUCGAGUAGUCUAGGCAAUAUGUCAACCAAUACCAACUCGAUAUACAGUAUGGGCGAGAUCAAUACGGCAUUCAACGCUGUAGUAGCCCCUGCUACAACAAUACACGUGUCUUCACCACUCAAAGACAGACUUCCAAAUGAAUUAUCGCCAACAGCCUCGCGUGGAGUAGCCGAGAUGUUGUCAGGCUUCGAGAACUCCUCCAAAGCUGUAAGAAGAGCUUUUGACAACGAGCGAGAAAGAGGCGAAUGGCCUUCAAACCUUUCUUCUUCGAUAAGUGGUAUAGAUGAACAACAUUCACCAAGAAGAUUCCACACAGCUCGACCGGCCCCGUUUCCACCUCGUUUUGCCAAUGCUCGACCGCCUCUUUCACCCAUACUUCGAUCUGCGACUUCAGCUGUUUCACCAAAAAAGCUUGUUUCAUUCACAUCAACGAUGACGAAUGAUGUUGACGAAACUCCUUCUACAUCAUCUGCAAGACCUAUGAUGCCAGGCAGAUCCGGCAGUCUGAGUCGCCUGUGGAGAAGGCUCAGCUCUAGCGGGUCCAUCAGUAAACUGAGAAAAGAUCUAGAUGAAGACAUACCACCAGUACCUCAAACCAAGAAAAGUGAAUGGUUUGGGGCAGUUGUUCAGUCUCCCAAAGAUGAGCAAUUCGCGACACCGUACGAGAAGAAGAUGGCAUCAAGGAUGAGAAGAUCGAAAGGUUCCUUGGAUCUGACAUCGGUCAACAAGGAAAACUCCACUUCCCUCACUAGUAUAUUGAAACAGGGCACUUCAUCGAGCGAGGGGUCGCAUGGUGUUUCAGUCAGCUCUGGAUCACGAAGACCGAAAGGGAAUGGUAGGAUUGUAGGUGUCCCUCCUCCUCGAGCCCAAUCAGUUCCAUUGCCGAUUCGAAGCGAUACGCCUCCGGUGUUACCGCUUCUGGAGCCUAGUCCUCCACUGACGAAUCCACUUUCUCCGGCUGAGACCAGUCCUCGCGAAUCUUCUACAUCGCCUCUCCGCGACGAUAACCUCACCAGCGCAGAUGCGGGUCCUUCUUUUAUCCCAAUCAGAUCAUUCAAGAAGGUUUCCAAGUCAUCUGAUCGUGAUUGGAAAACACCCCUUGGGCCGUAUACUCCGCCUUUAUCCGCGAUUGUUAACGAGUAUUUCCAGGAUCUCGAAUCUAGCACAUCAUCAGAUACACCAAAUAGUGUCUUUGAUAGAGAAGUUACAAUACACCGAGCUUCCUUGCAUGAAAACGUAGAACUUCAAUCGUAUGAUGCUAAACGACGAUACAGGCAGUCACUAGUCGAAAUCAAAGAUGAUGAAGCUUUUCACGCUACAGUAGAACAACUGGUCAAGCUCGAAUCCGAUGGCAGGGUAAGGAUGACGAGAGCCGGCGGCGCGGCUUUGCGACAUUCAGAGUUCCCACCUAUUUUCAGAACCCCUUCUAAAGACUCAAUGGAGAAACAUGUCAGACAAGAGAAUAUUAGAGCUUGGUUUGUCACCAGAGAACUUGUGCAAGGUGAGAGAAGACAUGGGAGAUUACUGGCUAUGGGUGUUGCGGCCGUACAAUCGUCUUCGCAUUCACGAAAAACCAUUCCCCCUGUUCCUCCACUUCCUAAGAAUGAUGAUCACCGAGAUACGCCACUUGUGGCUUCUGCAUCCCUAACGGCUCACUCUCGUUCUGGAUCAGGCAGUAACAAGAAUCCAUCGUCCAGACUUCGACGUCCUCGAAAUUCCACACAUGGGACACCGUCAACAUCCUCUCCCACACCAACUACGCAUCCUGAUUCACUGCUCCAGAAAUCACCAUUGCAGAUACUCGUACAUCAGCUACCUAAACUUCAUGCGUUGAGUCUGUCAUUAUCUGAAGCAUUCGAACAUGAUCCCUCUCCGUAUGGGGUGGCAGAUGCUUUCGUAUCGAUGGAAGAAAGCAUGACCAAAGCGAUAUCUGAAUGGGCAGGUCAAGUCGGUGAAGUCGUUUUCAGUGGUAUAGGUGAAGAACUGAACAAGAUCCUUGAUGAACAAAGACUCUCGAGAAGGGGAAGAAGAAGAAGAAGUGGUGAUGGUUCAUCUCCAAGUUUCGGAAGUACAGACGACACCGAUAGCGACGAAGGUAGAUUGGGUUUUGCUGAUAUCAUCAUCAUGCCUAUCCAGAGAGCAUCGAGAUAUAAAUUGUUGUUCCAGGAAUUAUCGACGAAACUCCCCCCCAACUCUCACACAGCGCUGAAGAUCCAUCGAGCACUCGAAGCUGCUAUUCGAUUAGCGGCUGAAUGUGAUAAAUGCCAAAGCUUUGAUCUGAACGCUUUGAGAAGACAGGGGAAGAAAGGAAAGAGGAUAAGGCCCGUUAGUGUUGGUCCGGGUAUGAGUGGAUGGUGA